GAAACUAUAAUACUUCUGGCUUGCUAGUAUGAUUCAGUGUUCCGCCUGUGCCUUCCGUUGAUGUUGCAUUGUGUUCAGCUGGGAAAACAUCAAUUUGUCGUUCAUUCACCCUCAGGAAAAAGAUAUCAAAAUGGGUGAUUUCGAUUAUGAAAUUCCUCGUGAAGAGGCUGCAGCAGGAGAUGCUGUAGAAACAGAUGAGACAAACAAAUUACAAAGUAUUCACUUGAACUAUAUACGCACUACGUUGAGGGAUAAAUUCUUUGAGAAGAUGCCUAAUGAAUCGUCCUUACUCGACGAAUCAAUAGAAUCCAGAACCGGCUUAAGUGGCUUCAUGUCGGCGGUCUAUGAUUUUACUUUCUCUACGAAAAAUAUCGUGACUGGGAAAGUAACUAAACAUUCCUUAUUCAUCAAAUUCAUGAAGGGUAACGAAAAUUUCCGAAAAUCAGUGCGAGCAUAUACACAAUUUGCAAACGAAAUAUUUGCUUAUGACAAAAUAAUUCCAUACUACAAGGAAGUGAUAAAAGGAUCACCCAGGUGCAAGAUUGACGUUGAUAAAUGGAUCCCAACUACAUACUUCGCAGAAUAUGGCAAUAUUGCAGGCCUGAAUACGUGCUUUGACUCUACGAUUAAAACCUCGCUCAGUGGAAAAUCAUCCGAACCUCCUAUCAGCAAGGAAAGUUACGAAUCUUGUUUAGUUCUCGAAAAUAUGUUACCUCAUGGAUUUCGUGGUGGUCCUCGGUUGCAUUUGGAUAAACAGCAUUUGAAAUUGAUGACCAAAUUGAUAGCAGAAUAUCAUUCCAUUACAUAUGCAUCGAGGAUUCGUGGAGACGAGGAAUUUGAAAAUCUUGUUGGAGGCAUAAUACCACUUCCUUUUAUUACGGAAGAAGACGUGAAUGUUUACAAAUCCAUAUACGAUCCAGCAUUUUUACGAUUUUUCCAGUAUGUAGAUCGUGUCGGUUCUGAAUGUGAUCCUGACUUUUUCCAGGCUUUGAAUAAAUUCAAGAACUUGUAUGGUGAUAAACCCCUUGAAUUACUAGAACGGUUCCGCGAAAUAGAUGAAACGUUCUCGGUGAUUCUUCAUGGGGAUUACAAUCGAAAUAAUGUCCUGUUUCAUUAUGAUAAGAAGGAGGGAUUUGAAAAUCCAACUGAUAUCCGAAUGAUUGAUUUUCAGGAAAUGCGAUAUGGUUCCCCAGCGCUGGACUUGGCCUUCUUUAUGUAUAUGAAUAUUCAUCCUUCAAUACGGGAAGAAAUUUGGAUGGAGUUAUUAAAGUAUUAUCAUGUGACACUUAUCACUUCUAUUUGUGAUAUUUUAGGAUUUGAGUUCCCCGUAGAACAUGAUAGUCUUAAGAAAUACAGUUUUGAAAAUUUCUAUGAGCACUUUAGGAAGUUUGCAUUCUAUGGGGCCGUAGUCUGCUUUCAGUUCCUUCCAUGGAUGGAGUGUUCGGAAAAAGAGUGCGCUUAUCUUUCGUAUUACUUCGAGAAGGACAUGUUUUCUGAAAAGUUCUCACAUGCUCUCCAGAAUGUAGGUGGGGAUAGAGCAAAUAAAUUAGUUCUUGACGUAGUUCAUCACUCUUGGCAGCAGGGAUACAUGGACGCUAUUUUAAAUGAAGGAAAUCUAUUUUUGUAAUCUUAUAUUCAAUAUUUUACAAAUGAACACCAUAAACUGUAACCUAUUUGAUGAAAAUAAAGGGUUUUGCCUGCAAUAAAAUGGUAA